AUGAAAGUUAAGAUAAAAGAAUGGAAUGCAGUUGCUUCAUGGAUAUGGAGUCUGGAUACAGAUAGAUGCACAAUUUGUUAGUUAGCAUUUGAACAACCAUGUCCUAGAUGUAAAUUACCAGGAGAUGAAUGUCCUCCUGUUACAGGAGCAUGCAAUCAUCACUUUCAUUUACAUUGUAUAGUUAGAUGGACUGAAGAAUAAGAUUAUUGCCCACUUGAUAGAUAAAAAUGGAAAGUUAAAAAUUGA